AUGACGAUGGAAGAAAAGUCCAUCACCAUGCAUCAAACUCACUCAGAUGAAGACGACGAAGAAACUGUUUCCCUUUGUGAUCUUCCAAUAUAUAGCGAAAGCCCCAAGGCCAAAAACGACAAUGAUCAGAUGUCAUCAUCCGUGGAACAGCCUGAUCAAUUCGAGUUCUUUAGUGAGGAAUGGAGUGGCCUGGUACCAUCUCCAAUUGACAAUUUUCUCUUUUGUGGAAAGCUCAUUGUAAACAAAGGUUACAAGCAAUCCGUCGUCUCUGAAACUCCACACAAGCUUAGGGAAAGCACAAAAGAGCGUGCACAAGAAAAUCAAAGGGGCCUGCAAUGGAACUUAAAUGCAAGAACAUCAAAAUCGCGUGAUCAAAAAGGUAAAUGCAAGAAGAAAAAUGAUUCUGGUUAUGCUCAAGCACCAAGUUCUAGCUCUGCAUCAAUGAGUAAUGGUAUAAUAACUCGUAAAAAUGAUAAUUUGGCAAAUAGGAUUACAAUCUUGAAGUCGCCUACUAGGUCGAGGUGGUUCGUGUUCCUUUUUAGAUCAAAGAGGGAUCUGACAGACAUGGAGACCAGAGAAACAAUGCAAAGGCACAACAACAAAAUUAUGUUGCAGCAGUCACAGGUUGUCUCUGGGAAGAUUGCGAACAGCAAGAGCAGAGGAAUCAGAUGGUGGAAGCUAAUUCGUUUAUUGGGUUGUGAUAACCUCCACCGUGCAGACGCUGUGAUCAAGUCCUCGUACAGUCGUGCUCCACUAAUUCGCGAAUGA